UGCACACAGCGGAGGAAACCCUGUGCCGCGAGCAGCCAUCUUGGAUAGACAGUUACUACUUGAGCCAGGAUAACCUGCAAACCUCCUCCGAGCAGCUCAAGAACACAUAGCUCAAAAGACUUCAUUCCUGAGCCACAAUGGCCACUGCACCAUACAACUACUCCUACAUUUUCAAAUACAUCAUUAUCGGGGACAUGGGGGUAGGGAAGUCAUGUUUGCUUCACCAGUUCACAGAAAAGAAAUUCAUGGCAGACUGCCCCCACACAAUUGGUGUGGAGUUUGGUACAAGAAUCAUCGAGGUGAGUGGCCAGAAGAUCAAGCUGCAGAUCUGGGACACAGCGGGACAAGAGCGCUUUAGGGCCGUUACCCGCUCCUACUACCGCGGAGCCGCAGGAGCACUCAUGGUCUACGACAUCACCAGGAGAAGCACGUACAACCACCUCAGCAGCUGGCUGACUGAUGCACGAAACCUCACCAACCCCAAUACUGUGAUCAUUCUCAUAGGAAACAAAGCAGACUUGGAGGCCCAGAGGGACGUCACGUACGAGGAAGCAAAGCAGUUUGCUGAAGAGAACGGUCUGUUGUUUCUCGAAGCUAGUGCAAAAACAGGUGAAAACGUUGAGGAUGCCUUCCUGGAAGCUGCUAAGAAGAUCUACCAGAACAUCCAAGAUGGCAGCCUGGACCUGAACGCCGCCGAGUCAGGGGUCCAGCACAAGCCCUCGGCCCCUCAGGGAGGCCGGCUAACCAGCGAACCACAGCCCCAAAGGGAAGGCUGCGGCUGCUAAUGACCAAGCAAACCCUCUUCACCCUCUCUUUCUUUCUCUCUCUCUCUCUCUCUCUCUCUAUCCAUCUGUCCUGCCCACCCUCCUCCAACCACCCCCCACUUUUCCAUCCAUUCCUUCGCCUUCGUAUGUUCAUCCACCCCUCACUGCACCAGGAGCUGCAUGAGAGCAGGGCUGCGGAGGGAAGGAACAGGGGACGGAUAUGGACUCGGGCCUGACUAAGCUGGGCUGUGUGGACUACAUCUCGCCCCUCCUCCUCUCCCUCCUGUCUCUGCCUGUCUGUCUCCCUCUGUUGCUGUCUCACUCCUCCUCUUUAAACUGUCAGUGUGUCGUCGUCCCAUAAUGCCCUCCGCUCCUCUUGCACCAUUCAGUCUAGUUCCCCCCUCCCGUUGUAGUAUUGUAGACACCACCACACAUUACACGGGUUACUGACACUUUAGAUAGAUGUAAUGUUCAUACGAUAAUGAUAAACUGAGACUGUUUUUUUAUGUUUGGUUUUAUAGCUAUAUAUGACAUGUAAACACUGCAUUAAGUUGCAUCCACCAUUGAUUAGUUCUGUAUGAAUCAGGUCAGAAUGAUAUUCCCAGUCUCCCUGCGCCUCUCCUGCAUGGUUUACCAGUCCAGCGUUUUAUCGAGACACGCGGGUGCGAUAUCUCACCCGCCAUUCAUUUUUGUGAGAUCGGGCAGCAAAGGCAAUGAAGUAGUGUAUCAUGCAGCCACACAGGUAGACACUCUUAAAUGUGUGUGUGUGUGAGAGGACGGAUUAUUGGAUGUUUUCCAGUUUGUCUGUGUGUGUUUGUGAGUGUCUGUGCAUUAAGAAGUUGGAUGGGGGUUUCUUUUGACACUUUAACAAAAAAAAACAAAACAAAAAAGGAACAUGACUUUUCUGUUUUCGAUGGAAAGAUUCGUUCACAUCAGUUUCUUUGCACCAGCUCUCCCUCUCUUCUCCCGUCCCUGAACCACAAACCCUCCCCCCAGUUCAUAUCAACAGAUUCUGUCUUUACCAGCAUUGUCUUUGUCAUUGUUUGUUGCCUUAUUAUAAUUAAUGUUAUUACUCUUUAAUCUUUAUAGUUUUGCUGCACUUGCUCUUCACACUGCUGUUGAACUCACCCCGAUUCAGUAAAUCAACUCUUUUUAGAUUAAUGAUUGCAUUUUACCAGAGAAUAACGUAAACAUACGAGUGGUGGCUCACAUGGUCAAAAUAUCUCAAACAGUCGAGCAUCAGCAGCAAGGUCUGAAACCCACGUCUCAACGAUCUAGAUGUAAAAAAACAAACUUUAUUUCAAGUGUAGCUGCACCGAAGAGCUGACCUGUUCAUGUGGACAGUUGUUUCUCUUGUAUAAUACAACACCAAGCAGCAUGGCCCAUCCCCACCCCCUCCAAAACAAAACAUGAUGAAAUUGUCAAAAUCCAAUUAUGUCUUUUUUUUGUGUUCAGUACAGUUUUUCUGUAUCAUAGUGAUUCCCUGAUUGGACAGCUGUAUAUAUUGCUUCUUAACUAUUGGUGAUGACCUCGCUACUUGGGAUUUAGAAAUUUAUUUGCUGGCUCUGCCAAGAUCUGUACAGUUGAUGUGCUAGUGGGUUGCCUGUAAUUCAUGCUUGGGAAAUUCUGUAACAUAGUUUCUAUUAAUAAAUGUAUGUAAAGGACAGACACCUAAACACCCCCUCCAACCACCCCGUCUGCACACUACUGAACCUGCCGAUUGGUUGAGGGGAGAGGAAGUGGAUUGAGAUGAUGUGCAAACUAGUAUUUAUGUCUGCGAACUUUCCCCUCAUUUCUGUAAGGAGUGGAGUAUGGGGCACUUUUAUGUUUAUAUUCUGUUUUCUUUUUCCACCCCAUCAUAUAGCUCCUCCACAUGGGAGGGGCCCGCGUCGCUGUCUUAACUUUUGGGGAGUGGGGAUUGGUUUGUUAUUGUGGGAAGUUGGUGGGCUGGGUCUUCCUUUUUCCUGUGUCCCACCUCUUUGCAGUCUGAGUGACCACUUCCUGCUUUUGUCUGUCCACGAGUACAAAAAAAAAAUACAACGUACAUAUGUAUAAAUUUUUAAGGAGCUGUGCUAACAUUUAAAUGCGUUCUUGUGUGUAUAUGAUUUUAAAAUGCUGACAUUUUGAUUUUAAUGACAAAAUACUCUAGACAGAAAAAAUAAAUUAUACAUAACCUGUU